AUGGCCACUGACGAUGGAGUCACAGCCAACAACGCUAGGGUUAUAGCCGCUUCGGCCCUUUCUUGCCUAUUCGACCAAAAUCACGACUAUCCUUGCCCAGCAGCUAUGGCCGAUAAUGCUGAAGCCGCUAACGUCGGAGCUAUGGCGAUCGAUGCGGCCACUGACAACAAAGGCACAGUUGUCGAUGCCGAAGCCAUAGCUACUGCCAGUCAAGCCGAGCCUAUAUCUACUUGGGACGAAGUCACUUAUCCAGCCAUGAUUGCGGACAGGGAAGCCAGUGGCGAGGUCAUGGGUAUCGACGAUAAAGUAACUGCCCCUGCCAUAGCCGCUCACGACGAAGCUAUACCUCCUGGCUUUGGGAAUACGGCUACUGCCGCUGAUGCUGAAGUCGUGGCUUUUAAUACUGCUGUUGCCGAUGCCAUGACCACGAGCGCCAAUACAGAAGCCACAACUGCUGAAGACACGACUGAAGCCACGUAUACAAGGCCCUCUAGGGUUGCCAAAACAAAACGUCUCAAGACUCUGUGUCCACGCGUCGUUAAACUCACUCGAGCCACUAGGCGGGGAGGUGAACGGUUGUUGUUUCCUUUCAGUGAGGCUACAGAAGGUCAGAUGAGGAAUGGGAGGCCGGGGGCUUUGGUGCGAUGGAUACCAACCCCAGUUUCACCCUCAGAUGCAGGCAAUGAUAAGGCCCGGGCAUCAAUUCAGAUAGCCUCUAACCAGAGUUUGCCCACAUCUUCAGCUACGUACCCGACAGUUGAAGCCCCUGCCCUCGCACCCGCCAACACCAACACAUCUUUCUCCUUUGAGGAAGUUAUACAGAUCAGAAGCGAAGGGAAAAAUGUACUUCUAGCUCAAUGGCACCUGACAUUUGUUCGAUUGUCUGAUGCAGGGAACUUGAAGGCUGAAUUGCUGAUAAGGGAGGCUUUAAGUAGGGAUUGCCCUAGGUGGGAUACGAAACACUCAAAAUCCGGAAAGCACUGA